GGACGAACGCGGCGCUGGCUGCGAUCGCGGAGUGGCAGUGGCGGGGAGGUGGUUGUCGUUGUAUGGUAGUUGCGGUAGUUGUUCCUGUCAGAUCUCGGUGGUCUGCGCUGUGCAGACUGAUGCUGCUGCUUAGGCUACAGCGUUAAUCAUGCGUCCGAAAUACGCUGUUGUGAAGCACUCUGCUGUUAUUGGAGGCGGCAGCGUGAUAUGGGGAAUUAAAGAAAAAGAAAGACUUUUGAGAGCUUUAAAAAGAUAUGGAACUGCUGAUAUAGAAAGGCUCGCAGCAGAAGUGGGCACAAAGGAUGUUGUGGCAGUCAAGGGCUUCUUGGAUCAACGACGAAGUCAGCUGCGACUUGCCAAAAACAAAGCAAAGACCGACCCCGUUCACACAUACUUGCACAACUGGCAAAAGUACAUGCACAGGGCAAAAGAUCAAAAAUUGAGAACCACUGACAGAGCCCAGAUCCUCACUGAGAUAGUAGCUGGAUGCACGGAGAAGGAUUUUCCACAACCAACCCAUGACCUGGAGCCAAACUUUGGGGAGCUGUACCGCUACUUGGCAGAUGUAAUGCGAGAUCAGAUACCCGCAGAGCUCUCUGUCACCGAUAGCUGGGUGCUGAAGCAUCUCAUGAGAUCGGUUGCAGACACUGUGAAGCAAAUGGACUUGAAGGCAGAGAAGCAUGCUUUGCAAUGUGCCGUUACUCAUGUUGAGAAUACCAGCAGAUGGGGUGAACCAGAAGCAAAUGCACAAGUCACAUCAGAGUCCUCCAAGGAUGUGAGUAACAGUGACGAAGUUGAUCCAUCUCCUAAAACUAAUCCAGCCCUGCCAAGAAUGGCACAGGAUGACCCCAGCUGUAGAAGCCAGACAUUUCGUGGCCAGCCCCACUACCCACCUUGGAAGACUAGAGCGAACACUGUUAGUGCGACGUGGAACUCUCUCCAGAUUCCUCCUGAUGUGUUGCACCAAGAGCAUGCACACAUCACAAGUAUGUGGUAUAACUAGUGAUGGUCUCAACAGAGUUAGAACACCAAAAAGUCCUUCCAUGGUUUCUGAACAUUUGCCAUUAAUAAAGUGCGAUUGAUUCAAGUA